UGGCGAGUUUUCCCCGCCCAUCUCCGGCACAAGCAGCGGAAGUUCCGUUGUGACCCGGGAUAGCAAGCGCACCCUUCCAGUGUAUGUGUGGCAACAACAUGUCUGUGCCGCUGCUUGCUGAGGCUGUGACCAUAUCUGGGACAGAGAAGGAGACUGCUGCGGUAAUCUUCCUUCAUGGUCUUGGUGAUACUGGGCAUGGCUGGGCUGAUGCCAUGACAUCCAUUAGACUGCCCUACAUAAAGUACAUCUGCCCACAUGCACCCAGAAUCCCAGUUACACUCAAUAUGAAAAUGACCAUGCCAUCGUGGUUUGACCUGAUGGGUCUAACACCAGAAGCUCCAGAGGAUGAGGCCGGCAUUAAAAGAGCAGCAGAAAACAUCAAGGCCAUUAUUGACCACGAGACAAAAAAUGGUAUACCUUCUAACCGUAUUCUCCUUGGUGGAUUCUCUCAGGGUGGAGCGUUAUCACUGUACACCGCUCUCACUUCUCAGCAGAAGCUAGCAGGUGUAGUGGCUCUAAGUUGUUGGCUACCACUUCAUAAGACCUUUCCACAGGCAGCAAGUGGCAGUGCAAACAAGGAUAUCCCCAUUCUGCAAUGUCAUGGUGAGAUGGACCCGAUGAUUCCAUCGCAUUUUGGGGCCAUGACGGCUGAGAAGCUCAAGACCAUUGUGGCCCCACAGAAAGUCACUUUCCGCACCUACCCAGGGCUCAUGCACAGCUCCUGCCCUCAGGAGAUGUCAGCCGUGAAGGAAUUCAUUGAGAAGCAGUUGCCCCGAAUCUGACCUUACUGUGACCCUUAGUCAACAACCUCUCACCUCUGACCUGCCAUUCUCCCACAAGGAAACAGCCAUAAGGGUCCCCUAUUUCACACACACACACACACACACACACACACACACACAUACAUAACACACACAACACACACACAUAUUCACACUUGCAAACAGAGGCAUACACAUCUCUCUGUACAAAAUGUGAAGACGUCCCUUCAUUGGUGUUUCAUGCCUUGCUUUGUAAAUUCAUAUUCAAAUAAUGGACAGUAAAUUGAGAUUCUGUGUCAUUGUACAUGAUGUAAUGUUCAGUGCACACACAUUCAUGGUCAACACAUUUACUCAGUAGUACCCCACCAUAUUUGGGAGAAUUGCAGCCUUUCAUUUUACAUUCCCAUCAACACUGAAAUGUUAACCCAUUUUUCUGCAUAUUUUAUUCUCCCUCUCUUUCUGUCCCUCCCUUCCCCUUCUCCCCUCCUCUCACACGUGCUUUACGAUGAGAGCAUUGUUCUGCUACACUGUAACUGCUGCCGUCUGGAGUGACUCAUGCCACACUGUACUGCAUGCUGCUCUCAGUCCAUGAUGGCAGGGAAAGAGGAGAAGCACCAUGCUACCUCCUGGUGCUCUGGUUUACGCUGAAUAUUUUCUUUUGGGUUUGAUACAAUUGAAAUAAAACCUAACGAAACUGCUGAAAUAAACCAAAUGAAUGAA